GUGGUGAACAGAGAGAGAGGGCCUAAACUCAAAGCCACGAUGACUUAAAGAAGGAAUGGGACCUGGACAAAGCCGGUGGGACAGGAGUUAAAGGCCUCUUCCUCUAGUCUUGAUCUCGUCUGGGAACAUGGUGGACAUGUUUUUGGAGCGAGUCCUGGUGGAAAACAACUGGGACCAGGAUGAACUGAACACGGAGCGAGAGAUCACCGGGAUCCUGGAGAACCGCAUCCUCAUGUUGUUCUUUGCAGCGGCCGACAGCGCCAAGUGCCAGGAGUUUGUGCCCAUCCUCAAUGACUUCUUCAAGAGGUUAAAGGAUCCAGCGUACAUCGAAUACCCCAAACUGCUGGCUCUAAUCUAUAUCAGUGUGGACCAGACGGAGGAGAAGCAGGAGAAAUUUCUCAAAGAACUUCACAAAAAAACCCUGUUCUUACCUUUUGAAGACCCAUACAGACAGGAACUACAGGUCAUGUUUAAAAUUACAGAAGUACCAACAGUGGUGGUUCUUCGCCCAGAUUGCUCUGUUCUUUCUCCAAACGCGGUACAAGAAAUUCGACAGUACGGCUGUGACUGUUUCAGUACCUGGCAGGAAUCUGCAGGUUUAGUGGAGAGGAGCUUCAUGCUGAACGAGGAGUUUGACAACCUCAAUUUACGCACAGCCACUGACCCUGUGAGACGGCUCAAGUACAAGACAGAGGACGACAAGAGGAAGAAGAGGUGGUGGAAGCCAUGGACCAAAGGUCGAGCGCAGGACGAGGAGGAAGAGCCAGACAGAUCCUGGGACUCAUGGAGAAAAGACGGAGAUAAUAAAGGAAGGUGGAGAUUCCUUUAAAGACAUGUUCUGUCCAAAAGAUUAGUGCCGACCCAAAGAGAUUAAAUCUCCCUGAAUAACUUCA